AAAUACCCGAAAAAUCUCAAAAACCCCAAAGCCCAUAGUGUGCCAAUACCAAAAUGCAGCUAGUAGUAUAAACCUUAUCGUCUACUCUUAUCUCACAAGAACCAAACCCCUCUUUGUUCUCUCCACAGAGAACUUUGUUAUCUUUACACUUUUUUCAAUUCUUCACAGUUGAGUAGCGGAGUUGUUGUUGUUUGUUGGGCGCCAUGGAUUCUGAAGAAGCGACGUUUUCGCCUCCUGCUGUUUCUUCUUCUCCAGGUUCUUCUCCCAUCAACAAUUCUUCUUCUAAUCAUACUGAAACUGAAAAUGUCUCCAAAAUUAAUGUAGAAAUCAAUGAUUCCGAUAUUAAUAGUAAUAGCAAUAGUGAGGGUAAAAGCGCUAGUGAUGUAACUAUUGUGGGUGGUCAGCAAGAAUUGCCAAUUCCUGCUGACCCAGAUGAGGGAACCCUAGAAAAAACUAUUGGGGAAGAGAAGUUGGAUGAUUCCGUUGUGGGUUCUGCGGAAAUUGAGAAGCCUGUUUCUGAGGUUUCUAUGAGUGAGGGUGUUGAAAAUGUUGAGGCUUUAGGGGGAGAUGUUGGUGGUUCUGUUCCUGUUAUUGGGAAUAGUUUACCUGAUUCUACUGACUCUGAUGCUACCAAAUCACUGGGGACGGGAAUCGAGGGUUCGGAGGGUAAUACUGAAGAGUUUGACUCGGUUGAUAAGUUGAAUUCAAUUGAGCAGGUGAAAGAUAAUGGUGGUGAGGUUGCGGUUGGUGCAGGAUUGAAAGAGGGUGAGGAUAGGUCCACUCAGGAGGAGGUGAAGGAAACUGUGGAGGAUGAAAAGAUGGAACCGAAAGAGGGCGGGGAUAGGUCUAUCGAGGAGGAGGUGAAGGAGACUGUGGAGGAUGAAAAGAUAGAAUUGCAAGGGGGUGAGGAUAGGUCCAUUCAGGAGGAGGUGAAGGAGAUUGUGGAGGAUGAAAAGAAUGAAGCUUUAACUAGUGUUGCUUCAUCUAAUUUAAAGGAGGCUGAGGAACCUACCUCGGUCAUCGAAGAGAGUGCUAUUGCUUCAUCCAAUUUGAAAGAGUCUGAGGAACCUACCUCGGUCUUUGAAGAGGUUGCUAUUGCUUCAUCCAAUUUGAAGGAGGCCGAAGAACCUACCUCGGUCAUUGAAGAGAGAGCUAUACAUAGUGAUGAUGCCGAAAAACUCAAUAAGGUGGUUGUUGAACAACCGUCGGAAUCUUUGUUGGCUGAAACAGGUAGUAAGAAAUUUACUUCCGAAGGAGAUGCAGUUGUGGAUGCUAUUGAAGUCAAUGUCUCAGGGCCAGGGGUUGCUGUUGUUGGAGAUGUGGACGAGAGCAAGGAAGUGGAAGAACAUAUUGAAGGUACCCAUGAUGAAAAUGUGACAUCAGUAAAUGAUGUUGGUGAGACCAGACAACUUAUUGAAGAAGUGGCUAAAAUGACAGUUGAUGAAGUAGAUGCACAGAACCCUAAGCCUGUGGUGGAUGAUACUGUUGCAACUGCAGAAUCAAAGCCUGUGGAUAACAUUGUUGGUGCUGGAAAACUUGAUUCUGGAGUUGUUCAGACUGGUGAUGUGGUAGCUGUUACUGAGGAAAUUAAAGAAGCUGAUCCUGAAACUGUUAAUAAAAGUCUGGACACCAAGGAUGUUGAAGUGGAACCUGAGCAGGCAGUGUCUGGAACUAUAUAUGCCAAUGGUGACCAUUCCGGAGAAAGCGUCGAGCGAGAUGUAGUGGAAGUUGAAGUCUCUGGUCAAACAUCUGCUAUAUCAAGGUCAAUCACUGGCUCAGAGCAAGAAGGAGAAGCUAAAGAUCAUAUAGAUGAAGAAGCUAACCUUGAAGGCUCAGUUUCAGAUGGAGAGACAGAUGGUAUGAUUUUUGGAAGCUCUGAAGCUGCCAAACAGUUUAUGGAGGAGCUGGAAAGGGAAUCUGGUGGUGGCUCCUAUGCUGGUGCUGAGGUUUCUCAGGAUAUUGAUGGUCAGAUUGUCACCGACUCAGAUGAGGAGGCUGAUACUGAUGAAGAAGGAGAUGUGAAGGAGUUGUUUGAUUCAGCUGCCUUAGCUGCUCUUUUAAAAGCAGCAACAGGUGGUGAUUCUGAUGGUGGCAACAUAACAGUCACGUCUCAAGAUGGAUCAAGACUGUUCUCUGUUGAACGUCCUGCUGGUCUUGGGUCAUCACUCCGGUCACUGAGGCCAGCUCCCCGACCAAGCCAACCCAAUCUUUUUACUCAUUCCAAUCUCCAGAACAGUGGAGAAUCUGAGAACAACUUGAGUGAAGAAGAGAAGAAGAAACUGGACACACUACAGCAGAUCAGGGUCAAGUUUUUGAGGCUUAUUCACAGGUUGGGUCUAUCUUCUGAUGAGCCCAUAGCUGCACAAGUUUUGUACCGGAUGACACUUAUUGCACGAAGGCAAAACAGUCCACUUUUUAGCGUUGAGGCUGCCAAGAUGAAAGCUUUCCAGCUUGAAGCAGAGGGGAAAGAUGAUUUGGACUUCUCUGUGAAUAUCCUGGUUAUUGGCAAAUCUGGGGUGGGUAAGAGCGCUACCAUAAACUCUAUCUUUGGAGAGGAAAAAACAUCAAUUGAUGCCUUUGGACCUGCUACCACCAGUGUGAAAGAGAUCAGUGGUGUUGUAGAUGGUGUUAAGAUUCGGGUGUUUGAUACACCUGGCCUCAAGUCCUCUGCGAUGGAACAGGGUUUCAAUCGCAGUGUCUUGUCUUCAGUAAAGAAGUUGACUAAGAAGAAUCCCCCUGAUAUUUACCUCUAUGUCGAUCGGUUGGAUGCCCAAACUAGAGAUCUCAAUGAUCUUCCUAUGCUGAAGACUAUCACAAGUUGUCUUGGCCCUUCAAUAUGGCGAAGCGCCAUAGUCACCCUCACACAUGGAGCUUCUGCACCUCCAGAUGGACCUUCUGGAUCCCCUUUAAGUUAUGAGGUGUUUGUUACUCAAAGAUCUCAUGUUGUUCAGCAGUCCAUCGGGCAAGCAGUAGGCGAUUUACGAAUGAUGAGUCCAAGUCUGAUGAAUCCCGUCUCUCUGGUAGAAAAUCAUCCAUCUUGCAGGAGGAAUAGGGAUGGACAUAAGAUACUACCUAAUGGCCAGAGCUGGAGGCCUCAAUUACUACUAUUAAGCUACUCAAUGAAGAUCUUAUCUGAAGCAAGUGCACUUUCAAAGCCUGAAGAUCCAUUUGAUCACCGUAAGCUCUUUGGUUUCCGCACACGCUCACCACCUCUUCCCUACAUGCUUUCUUCAAUGUUGCAGUCACGUGCGCAUCCAAAGCUUUCUGCUGAGCAGGGUGGUGACAACGGUGAUUCAGACAUUGACUUAGAUGAUUUGUCAGACUCUGACCAAGAAGAAGAAGAUGAGUAUGACCAGCUUCCUCCCUUCAAGCCUCUUCGGAAGGCUCAGCUUGCUAAGCUCAGCAAAGAACAGAGGAAGGCGUACUUUGAGGAGUAUGACUACAGGGUCAAGCUCCUUCAGAAGAAACAGUUGAGAGAAGAUUUAAAAAGAAUGAAAGAGAUGAAAAGUAAGGGAAAAGAGGCUGCAAUUGACAAUGGUUAUGCAGAGGAAGAAGCUGAUGCAGGUGCAGCAGCUCCCGUAGCAGUUCCCCUUCCUGACAUGGCCCUUCCACCUUCUUUUGAUAGUGAUAAUCCCGCCUAUAGGUACCGCUUCUUGGAGCCCACAUCACAGUUCCUUGCAAGGCCUGUUCUGGACACGCAUGGUUGGGAUCAUGAUUGUGGCUAUGAUGGUGUUAACGUGGAACAAAGUUUAGCCAUUGCCAGUCGUUUCCCUGCUGCAGUUACUGUGCAAAUCACCAAAGAUAAGAAGGAUUUCAGUAUCAAUUUGGACUCUUCGAUUGCUGCUAAGCACGGAGAAAAUGGAUCAACCAUGGCUGGCUUUGAUAUUCAAAGCAUAGGGAAGCAACUUGCCUAUAUUGUCCGAGGAGAAACCAAAUUCAAAAGCUUGAAGAAGAACAAGACUGCUUGCGGAAUUUCUGUUACAUUUCUAGGUGAAAAUAUGGUCACUGGACUUAAAGUUGAAGAUCAAAUCAUCUUAGGCAAGCAAUACGUUCUAGUUGGCAGUGCUGGCACUGUUCGAUCUCAGAGUGACACAGCUUAUGGGGCUAACUUUGAACUGCAGAGGAGGGAGGCAGAUUUCCCAAUCGGUCAGGUGCAAUCUACAUUGUCUAUGUCCGUCAUAAAGUGGAGAGGUGAUUUGGCUCUAGGUUUCAACAGUAUGGCGCAAUUCGCUGUGGGACGCAAUUCGAAGGUAGCUGUUCGAGCAGGAAUCAAUAACAAGCUCAGUGGGCAAGUAACCGUGAGGACAAGCAGUUCAGACCAUCUCUCUCUUGCACUUACUGCUAUUAUUCCAACUGCAAUUGGCAUCUACAGGAAGCUUUGGCCGGAUGCUGGCGAGAAGUACUCAAUCUACUAAAUUUCAUUUCCAUAUCAGCAUUGCAUUUUUGGUUCAUUAGACCUUACAUGAUGACAUAUUGUCUUUGUCAGUUCAUUGAAUAAUGCUUCUGUUAAUUUCCCAUCUAUUUAGGAUUCCUACUGUUAUGAGUUAUAAGUCAAUUUUGAGUGAUUGAAUGUACUUUUUUGCCAGAUGAAAUGAAGAGGUUUGUGUUGCUUUAUAUGCUU